AUGAAUCCUGCCAGAACUCUUGUCCUUUGUGUGCGUUUCUUUAACCAUUCUCGAGAAUGACUGUGGAUGUGAACGGGGAAGUGUUGUAUUGGUAAGGAACCAAUUAGUUGCCAUUUCCUGUUAAAUGUUGGAUUCCUGCAUUUUUAUAUCAAACUCAUUUAGCUUUUGAGUUCCAACAGAUCAUACUCUAACCAGUAUCACUGUUAGUUGAUAAGAAAAAAUCAUGAAAAAAUUAAGACUUCAUUUGGUGACAGUUUUUGCAAUAAAACUGGUGGGUCAAACAAUGUGGUGCUGGCACAAAAAGAACAAGAAGAAGAAGAAGAGAARAAAGAAAUCAGAAGUAAUUUCACUAUGAGAAGACUGACAAGAAUGAAACAAUCACAAGACAUACAAUUACCAGUUCUAUUGGAAGGAACAUUAUCAAUCAAUAUACCAACAGGAGAUUUCACUUGGUAGUCUCAUCAAAAUGGAAGUAUUUUUUUAUUUUUCAUUUUCAUAUCAUCUAUGGAGAUGCGUGUAAAAAGUUACGUAAGAAAAAGUACCAAAAUACCGGUGCUGAAGUUUCCCUGUGUACGUACAGUAUUCCCUUUUGCUCACAACGAUACGGUAGUCGUACUUGUGAACCAUCCCAGAGUUGAUUUUGAUUUGAUGGCUCGUGAAAAAAAUCGUUCUGCCGUACCGAACUGUAGGAUGUUUUGGAGUUUCUGUCUGCUUGUGAGGAUGAACGAUAUGACACUCGGUACUGUACGGUACAGUACGUUGUAUUGAAAAUUACUGUGGAACGGGAAUAAUUUCGUUGUUCAUUGCGACGAGAACAAUUGUCCCUGAACAUUCAUGAAGAAUGCGUCGAUGAAAUCUUUGMUUGUUGCUUUCUCUCUGUCUCUGUCACAUUCUUCUAUCAUCACGACCGAAUUGUAUGCUUUACUUUUCGUCGCUUCUUGCCUGAAAACUCUAAGUUUUAGCGCAGCGUUUGACAAACGCAUCUGCCAGCUCACGGUCCCUUUGCAUAUUCAAUCAAGGCGUGUCGCAGCAAAACCAAAAACGAAAAUGGCGAUGCUAGCAGAGACCACCAGGGUUUCGGUCGGCGAUUUUGCUGCUGGCAAGAAGGGCACCAAUCCAACCACUCUCGUUGGGAGGAGCCGAGCGGGGGAUGCAACCGCUUUCGCGAUUCCCGAAAUGAAAUGGUUGUUUGACUGCGGUGCCAUGGUACAAGAAUGGAAACCACGCAUUAUUUUCUUGACCCACACACACUCGGAUCACAUACAUUUUUUGUUCCGUUUCAAGGACGAUGAGCGGCCGCCCACAAUCUACCUGCCUGAAGCCAGUAUGCCCUUUGUGGAAACCUGUUUGAAGGCAUACGAAGAAAUGACGGAAUGCCAAUCGUUAGCGGCAGAGCACAGCGGAAAUGAUACAGAGACGACGGAAAGGAAGAGCGGAUUCCUAUUAAAAGCCGYAAGGCCAGAUGAAGAGUUUUUGGUUUCACACGGAGGAAAUAAGUUUCGAGUGCGCACCUUGAGCAUGACACAUCGCAUACCGUGCUUGGGAUAUAGUAUAUUUCGACUCCGAAGCAGUCUCAAGGAAGACUUCAAGGGUCUAUCGGGCAGAGAAAUAGGUCAGCUGAAAAAGGAUGGAGUCGAUGUUACGAAAGUUGUAGAAGAGCCGUAUCUUUGCUUUAUGGGCGACACGACGGCCAAAGUCUUCGAGGAUUACCCCGAAAUUCUCAAACAUCAUUCCACGGUGGUCUUGGAAUGCACAUUCAUCGAUGUGGACAGUCGAGAGCGGGCUGAAGUGACCAAGCACACUCACUGGGAUGAUCUGCAACCCCACAUUGCUUCGAACCCAGAUACUAUGUUCAUUCUAGUGCAUUUUUCACUCAAGUACUCGAGUCUGUCUCUCCGUCGCUUCUUUCGAGAUCAGCAAGUAAUUUACGACAACGUUCAUCCAAUGUUGAUAGAACGMGAAGUUAAAGAGCAGUGGCASAAGACAGGAGAAGAAGGCGAGCAUCCCAGGUGCAACUGUAGGAUCUGUCGUGAUUGACCGACUCGGAUCGACUCGGUCGGUUCGAUUCGCUUUGAUUCACGUUUUUUGCGGUUGUGGCCAGCUCGCAAUCGUUCAAUCGUUUGCAAGGGCUUCAUGCGCGAGAAUUGUGCUAGAAAGAAUUCAAGAAAGGAAUGGCACAAUAGAUUGAUAUCCUCAGAAUAGAAUGCYAUGCUUGAUAGAUAGAUUUAGAAUAUGUUAAAACUGAGGUUUCCAUCUGAUACUAGCACUACUKAUCGAGUGCUGCAUUGUAAUUCUUGGCAUUUCUGACACUGCUCACAACUUUUGUUAGAAUGACUUCRCUUUGUGCCGAUGGAACGGUGAUCAAAAUUCACCAAUCUGUCAGGUUUUGUCAGAGGAGUACCAGGUAUGCUACUAGUAAAGUGUUUUAACAUUUUUUGUCCUACCAGUACGGCACUGUACCGUACCGUACGUACUGUAUUUUCUAUUUCCGAUACUGUAUUAUGACAACAUACAGUAGUACUAUACAGUAGGUACGAGGCUGGAUGUUGUUGAUCAUGCACCGUAAUAGCUUCUACUGUAAGCAGUAAAAUUUGUUAGCGUAUUGGUAAAUUCUCCCUUMAAACAACAAGAAGGCCUUUCGGCCCGGUGUUCUUUGUCGCGCAUGGCUUAAMGAGUUGGUUCGUCAUUCRGUUCUGGUUUUUGUUUGCUUGCUAUCUAGAUGACACCAGGUAUGGUAUCAUUGGCCAGAUGGGACUAAGCUGUCGUCCGCGGAAAGUGCGUACUUCUUGUCACCGAGAAAAGAAAAAUCAUGGGAAACCCACAACAAUCSCGUCAUACCGGUAGUACGGAUGGAACGCUUAGUGGAACAUUUUUCACUCAUUAUUUCAUACAUUCUUCUUUUUUUUUUAUUAUUCUGAACGACGAUGAAUGAUUUGUGUACGAAUUAGGAGAACUUAGUCCAGUUCUUCUUGGAACACCGGUUGCACCUGCGUGUAUGAGCUUCGCAAGUAAAAUUAGAAGACCACACACAUUGACUACAACAGCAACAACCGUAAAAUUUACUAGUACGUUGCAAUCUCCAUUUUCUUUACACUCACACAGAAGCGCCGUCCGACGGCGAGAAAGUCGAAUUUAUUAUUCAAUAAAACCUAUGCAGUAACAUUCUCUAUGUAAAGGCACUAUUUCGGAACGGCAAGCUAGUCGACGCAACUAAUUUUCGGCACUGKGCAUCGCUGUUGCAUUUGCAAUCGGACGUUGAAAUCUUGACGAAGAGGCUUGGCGARAACCGUAGAAUCAAAUAACGCUAUCAAUUAAUUUUACWGCUUGRUCUUCUACUUCGAGCCCGCGGAUCGAAGAUGAGUCGUAGCAGURAUCAAUCGCCUWCGCCUGAUUUGUUGGAGUGCAUCGAAAUGGUAUGUGCAUGCGRUAUGCGUUYCCUACGAUGACUCUGCGGUACUUUUCAWAACCACGCAGGUUACUCACCUUUCUACGUAUCAUUCAUUUGCUCUCCACCUUUCGCUYCCGAAACAAAACUAGCGACACUGGCAAGGGGCAAUCGAUAUAGUAGCGRCCAACCACAACGCCGUAUACCAAAGACAGCGAAGGAGGGGGAGUAUUCAUCAUUCACCAAACAACUAUAACAGYAAUCGCCUUGCAAUCCACGAACUCUGCAAACUUGCGAGCUGCCCCACCAGCGUGCGCUUUUCCAAAGAGGAAUUUUCGGAAGACGAAGAAGAGGACGACGAGCACGAAGAUAGUGCUACGAAUCCGAGCGAUGAGACGGCRGAACUCGACAAGAUUUUUGAUGCUUGCGAAUUGGAAGAGGGGACAAAAAUAUACGACGUGACACAAUUUAUGAUCGAUGUGUCGCAUUCUCUUGGGCCUACCAAGGUCGCUAUCUCUCCUKAUGCAGACACCGAUGACGGCGACCACGAAAACGACAACAACGAAAACAUGCACAAYCUAGAAAUCAAUCCGGCGAUUGAGGGAYACGGGGAAGCAGAAGGAAACGGAAAUGAAAUCAAUGCUGCCGAAUCUCGYGUAUACGACAACCGUGAUGACAACCGAGAUGCUGGAAACSUGGAUCAAGAGGAAGAUAUCGAAARCGACGAAAACCACAGCCGGAGGCACGACCGCAGCACCGCGAUUCACGAAUCCAUACUGACCGUGAAGGAUUCCAUGGGGAAGACCCCCCUGCACGUUCUUUGUGAAAACUCUUGCGACACCAACAUGAUGAAAGUGAUUCUAGAGAGUUCCCGGGACGCGACAGGAAAUCCCCGUGCCCCGACGGUGUUGUCUCUGGUGCUCGCCAAGGACUCKAGGGGAUCCACCCCACUCCAUUACCUGGCGUAUUCGCGGCAGUGCCCGUUUUCGACGCUGAAACUCAUGAUGGACUAUUGCCAACCCCGCCCGUCCAUCGACCCCACGCUUUGCACCGACGAAGACGGCGAAACUCCUCUGCACUGGGCGCUGGGUGGGUACAUGUCUCCCCGACGAAUCAAAGAACUCACGCGGCACUCUCUCGACGCCAUCAUGGCUCGGGACCAAAAAGGAAAGAGACCCUUUGACCAUUUCACAACCAAUUUUGUCGACUCGGAUUGGACAGAGCACGAUGUUUGCGGGAAGGAGGUAUGGGAGAACGUACAACAAUAUCUCYGCGUCGUCCACAGCAACUACAGCAGGAAAAAGAACAAAUUCAGYCAUGUYACCACACGCAGUAGUGCUGCCGAUGAAGGAUGCAAWAAUUAUUUCAACGGGGACAGCAAGCCGCAGCAACGAUCGAUCAAUCGACUGGUAGCUUUUAAUGAASCAAGGCAGGGUUUUUCUGAGUGGYUGCCCUUGCAUUUUAUUGCGGGGUCGCCGUAUGACUUUCCUCCAAUUUUUACCGAUCUCGCACUGAAGUACCGAAAGGAAGAUUUACAAAAAGCGGAUCGGCACGGCAACAUUCCUCUCCACUUAGCAUGCGGAAGGAGGUGUGCUAGCAUUCGAAAUAAUAACAACAACGAACCCGAAACCGAAACACAAACCAACACGCCUGCAAAAUCUGGAAAUGGAAACAYCGCAACAGACAACUUGUUGGGCCUAAAAUUGUUGAAGGCUUUCCCACGUGCGUCUCUCAUCAGAUCAACGACWACGAAUCAAUUGCCUCUCCACGUCGCCGUCCGCGCACAGCAGCCAAUGCCGCUGAUUGCGGCCCUCAUCCGCACCUAUCCGCGGUCCCUGAACAUCCAGGACCCGAUSACAAAGUUGUUGCCGUACGCUCUCGCGGGACUCGAAGACGGAACGAGCGACGAGGCCAAAGGAAACGAUUCUCUGUGGCUGUCCUUUGCCUUGCUGCGAGCCGAUCCGUCCGUUCUCCACCUGCGCAAUCUUACCGAUGCCGAUAGACGCCCGUGGAGUGAGGGCUACGAUCGCGCCACGUUUGACAAAAAACCCAUGGGAGUAGACGAAUCCUACACGGAACAYUCCUCGCGCCGCAUCCGGCGUCUGACAAUCCGAUGACGAGGUAAUGGGUGAAUAAUCCAGAAGAACAAUU